AUGCAGGGCUGGAUUUACAGUUCGCCGUUCCCCGCGCUGAACCCGAAGGUUAGAUACAAGACAGCAUUAGAGAGAGCAGGCUUCGAUGUGAAUUUUCAUGACAAGAAUAAGCCCAGAGAAGCACAUGGCAGUGUUUUGCCCGCUGGCAGGCAUGUAAGUGAGGGCGGCAGAGAUGUUUUCGGAACGCGGUCGGCGCCAAACCUGGCGCAGACGGCCCAACGAGCAGUUAGCGAGCGUGAUCCUCGAGGGUACCAGAACGCCAGCGCGCUCCGUAGCCCUCCGCAUUCUCCGUUUGUAAAGGAGAGAUCUGCCCCUGCUUUGCAAGAGCACUAUAAGGUGCGCAGAUCGGAUGAGUCGAAGGGCGCUUUCAGCCCUAGAGUAGGUCAGCCACAAGAAGGUCGCAACUUUGCGAGCGCGGGUUCGCACAAGGCGUCACCACAGCCAGCGGCUUUUCCCCAGCUGCGGAAAGACUCCCAGUCAAGGGGGGCUCUCGAUUCCAGGUUCCAAAGACAUGGGUCUCGGACUUCUCCGGACCGUGCCUCCCUUAAGAGCGCCAGAACACGGGGAUCGUCAAUCUCCCAAGGCCGGUCAGCUGGCGAAGGUAGCUUCCAAGUUUCCAGCGCUCCUCAGGACCGCUUUUCCGCUAGCGAGACUGCGAGAAGGGGACCGGUAGCCCGUCAAAGCCCAGCUUCAGCAGCUGGGGCUGCGGGCAAAGAAUCUCCAGUCUCUCAAGCUCGCCUCUCCACCGAGGACUUGGGAAAUAGGCAAUCUUCAGUUUUUGACUUUGAAAACCAGCGAAACUCUCCAGCUGAACGCAACUUCAGAUCACCAGACAUUGACCCCGUUGAGCGCAGCUUCAAGCAACUCACACAGAAUGAUAAUGACAGUUUCUCUUCUCAACAAGAGCGCGAGUUCACGCCCUAUGCACGGGACUCUUUCACGUCAGUUAACCAAAGUGACGAAGUCUUCGAGGACGCGGCAGAUAUCGAUGACUUCAAUGAGAAGGGCGAUAACGCCUCAAAAUGGAAUUCGAUUAUGCGUUUGAGCAAGGCUCCUGAGGACUCUGUCCAGGAAGCUGCGCCUUUAGACCGCGAUUCGACUAACGAGUAUGUGGAUGCAACACCGCGCACCCGCCCCACAAGUACAAGCAGCAUAAGUUUUACACCAGUUGCUGAGUUGCAUGUUAACCUUUCACCAAACAGACCCACGGAACAAACAGAGUCCAUAAAUUCUGCCACAGAUGCCCCAAUUUCGCAAGCCGAACCAAUAGGGCUUGAAAGAGAGAGCUCGGCAAGUGUUUCAGGUGUUUACGACAUAGAUCUCGCGUCAGGGCACACCGAUUUGUCGCAAGGCGUCCCACAAUUCUCCAUACAACCCACUUAUCAUUUCUCUGAAGAAAAUGUGGGUAGAGAACAAGAACUCAGAGAAGAACAGGAGGUCGACACUGAAGAAGGCACUGCUCAAGAUCCAACGGCAACAGUUAAGUCGUCGUUGCAGGUGGAGAGGCUGCUUGCGCAGCUGGACAACGUUUCUCUAAACAGAAAUCUAUCUGUUGGAAAUCGGCGCCACUCACCUGGAAGCAGUCGCUUCAAAAAAUCAAGUGCUUACUUGUCUGGGUUUGUUUCUAAUCCUGCAGCCACAGGCAUAGAUGCGAAGUUGCAAACGGGCAUAGCGAGCGGUGAUGACCAACAGUUCACGCCUCAAGUUCUUUCUGUUGCCGAGGAUCGGGCGCAUGCCUUGUCUGGAGAAAUUUCCCCAGGUUCAGAUGAUUCUCCCCAGUUCUAUCAUAUCCGGAGACAAGACGAACCUAGGCAAGCAGACCACAGAGAAAGCGACAUGACAGAUUUCAUGCGUCCAUCGCAACAGUUGACUGAGUCCUUGAAAGUUCCAGUCAUUCAGCCCCUACAGCUGUACCAACUGGAAAACACCGCUGAAGCACGCGCCGAGACCGCGAAACCAGAAACAAAACAAGAACCUCACCGGCUAUCUAGCUCGUCCAGCCUGGUUGAGGGGUCUCAACCAGCUGAGCCACCGGUGCCUGUUUUCAAAUACCCACCUGGCGAGGGCCCCUGCCGUGCAUGCGGCCUCGAGGUGACUUCCAGACGCAUAUAUUCCAAGAAGGCCAACGAGCUGUCGGGACAGUGGCACCGUCCCUGCUUCAAAUGCAUAAAGUGCGAGCUCACUUUCUCGAAGAAGGUCGUUUGCUACAUCCUUGACGACGAGCCGUACUGUCAGAGGCAUUUCCACGAAACCAACAACAGCAUCUGUCGGAUUUGCCAGGGUUUCAUAGAGGGAAAGUGCCUUGAGAACGACCGUGACGAGCGCUUCCAUGUCGACUGUCUCAAGUGUUUUCGCUGUGGCGAGUUCAUCUGCGAGGACUACUUUUUGUUCAACAACGAGCUCCCACUUUGCGCAAACCACGACAUUGAGGCUCUCAAGCUCGAGUCUUUUGGCAACAUGGGGCAAAAUAACACAGUUUCCAAGAGGAGGACUCGCAUCAUCAACUUCACCUGA